AUGGGCUUCACAACAGGCUUCAUCGGCGGCAUCGCCCUCACAUCCUCCAUCUUCUACAUAUCCCUAAACCUGCACGAGCGCAACCGCCUAUACCAAUCACAUCUCCUGCGCCAACAAUCAAAUCUCUUGCGCAACAUCACAGACCCUCAACCAAAGGAUCCUCCGCAAACCGCCCGUCAUCUGGUCCCUGGACUCGCCGAUCGUCUCAAGUACCGCUGGAACACUGAGCUGGAAGCUGCUGUGAGGAAGAUCCAACACUUCAAUUGGGAGGAAUGGAGGAGAGAGGCCGAGGAUAAGAUUUCUAGCGCUUUAUCCAAGGGGCUAGGUAGUGCUGUCGAUGAGGCUGAGAAGAAGACCAGCUGA